GGCGCAUGUUGAUAUGACAAAUUGACAGCUGUGUUUUGUCCCGUACGUUAGCUGUGAUGUUUAUUUUACAUCUCCAGGCAGAUAACAACAAUAUAUAACCAUGACGAGGCCGUUCGGUAAUAACGACAAGCGCUUUUCAAUCGACGAUGCAUUUGAAGAGGAAACCGAUGAAGCCAUUAAAGUAUACGGUGCUACAGGAGACAGAUCGCCUUUACAGAACAAAUACAAGAAUGGAAAUGAAUAUUUGGCCAGCACCAAAACCUACAAAUGCACAGAGGACACGACGUCGAGAGACUCCGACUCCCUGAUCCACGAGUACGUGGAGGCGACGCAGUCCAUGUACUGCUGGAACCACCCGAAGGUCAGGGAGAACUGGAAGACGGUGUGUGCAGCCGUCGUGCUGCUGCUAGUCGGAGUGGGGCUCCUCGGCAUGGGAGCCUUCGCUGUCGCUGAGCCAGAGAACGGCCUCCAAGGUGCAGUAUUCUUUGUAGCUGGUAUGAUCUGCUUCGUGCCCGGGGCCUACCACGUCGUGUACAUCUGGCUCGCCGCCCGAGGACAGAGAGGCUACGACUUCUACCACCUCCCGUUGUUUACCUGAUUUAUUUUACCUCUUAAGUUUGUGUAAGCUUGUAAAAUGAGUGUAAAUUAAUACGAGGAGUCGGAAUAUCAUGUCUGGAGAUGUUUGUUUUGCGGUUUGUUUUGUUUUGCUCUCUAAAGAAGUUAAAUCGAUCCGAUGUAGGUAUUGUAGAUAAAUGAACAAAAACAAGAAUAAUAAGGGUAAGUUUUAUAACAUUUAUAGCUUCUCUUGUUGAAGAAAAAAUAAGAAAAAAAUAUCCAUUUCGAAAGAUGCUUCUCCUAUAAACGUUAUGAUAAUAAUGUUGAAUGAAUUCGAAGAACUAUUUAUUAAAAACUAAAUUUAAAUUGUGUUAGUACGUUACGUAGAUCGUCCUCCUAAAUAAAUUAUAAUGAAAUUGAAUAC